AUCUACAAGAGUCCCAUGGUGGACUUUGGGUACGACAUUUCGGAUUUUCGGGCAAUCGACCCAAUUUUCGGCACGAUGGAGGACUUCGAACAGUUGGUAGAAGCUGCUCACAAAUUGUCCAUCAAGAUCAUUAUGGAUUUCGUGCCGAACCACAGCUCCGACAAGCACGAAUGGUUCGAGAAAAGCGUGAAAAGUCAGGACCCGUACAAGGACUAUUUCGUGUGGCACAAAGGAAACACCACGAAGGAUGGCAAGAAACAUCCCCCCAAUAACUGGGUGAGCGUCUUCGGGGGCAAAGCCUGGACGUACCAUGAAGAGAGGAAGGAAUGGUACCUCCACCAAUUCGCCAAAGAGCAGCCAGACCUCAAUUUCUUCAACCCUAAAGUGGUCCAGGAGAUGAAGGACGUCCUUAAAUUCUGGCUGGACAAAGGGGUGGACGGCUUCAGGAUAGACGCGAUUCCCCACCUCUUCGAGGACAAGGAGUUCAAGGAUGAGCCCCUCACAGGAUCGGACGACCCCAACAGCUAUGGGUACACGGAUCACAUCUACACGAAGGACCUGCAGGAAACUUACGACAUGGUGAAGGAAUGGCGAAAGCUGAUCGACGAGUACAGUAAAAAGGACAACGUACCUCGAAUCAUCAUGACCGAGGCCUACACGAGUGUCAACCUGACCAUGAAGUACUACGACUACGGAUCGCACUUCCCCUUCAACUUUUGGCUGAUCAACGAAAUUGUCAACACGUCAAAAGCCGCCAACUUGAAGGAGGUGGUAGACAGGUGGAUGAAGGAAAUGCCAGAAAAUGCAGUCGCCAAUUGGGUGACCGGAAAUCACGACAAGUCUAGAUUGGCCACUCGUUUCGGAGAAGACAAAGCGAGAGCAAUUACGGUGCUCUCGCUUUUGUUGCCGGGAGUUUGCGUGACUUACAAUGGCGAGGAAAUCGGCAUGCAGGAUACUUGGAUCUCCUGGGAGGACACCAAGGAUCCCCAGGGAAUUAAUGCCGGGAAGGAGAACUACUUGCAGAGCUCGAGGGAUCCCCAGAGGACGCCCUUCCAGUGGAACAGCUCCACUUCGGCUGGAUUCUCCACGAAUAACGUGACGUGGCUUCCAGUCAAUGAAAAUUACGUUACGUUGAACUUGGCGGCGCAAAUUGAUAAGGAGGACUCUUAUUACGAACAUUAUCGCAAGGCGAGGCAACUGCGAGAUCUUAAGGCGGUAAGAGAGGGGAGUCUAAUCACGAAGUCGUUCAGUGACAAUGUCUUCGGUUUUGUCAGAGAGACCGACGACGAGGACGAGGAGAUACGAAAAGUUUACGUCAUAAUCAAUUUCUCUGACAAAUCGGAACAGGUGAAUUUGAACGAGUUUGAUGAUGUACCGAGCUCAUUAAAAGUAUAUCAGUCGACUUCUAGAGAGGAAGCACCUCUGGUGGAUUACGAAAAAGUUGACGUGCCAGCAUUUAGCGCCGUAGUUUAUGUCGGAUCAUCUAUGGCAGUUUCCCCGAAAUUGUUUAUUAUCCUCAUCGCAGGAUUUUUCGGCGUUUUCCUGUUCGACUCGAUGACGAAGAUGAGCGCGAAAUACAUCGUGGGGAUUAUUUUGCUGGCGAGUUUCGCAGCCGGGGAGAUAAAGAACAAAGGAUGGUGGAAGAACACGAUCUUCUAUCAAAUUUAUCCCAGGAGCUUCCUGGACUCGAACAACGACGGAGUUGGUGAUCUGAAAGGUAUAACCAGCAAAUUGGAGCACUUCGUUAACGCGGGGAUCGGUGCGGUAUGGCUGUCGCCGAUUUUCCAAAGUCCCAUGGUGGACUUCGGAUACGAUAUUUCGGACUUUAAGGCGAUCCAUAAAGAGUUCGGCACCAUGGCCGACUUCGAGGCCCUGACGAAGCGAGCUAAGGAACUGAACAUCAAGGUGAUCCUGGACCUGGUGCCGAACCACACCUCCGACAAACACGUCUGGUUCCAAAAUGCACUUGCCGGCGACCAGAAAUACCGGGAUUACUACGUAUGGAAAGCGGGAACCUCGAACAAACCCCCGAACAAUUGGAUAAGUGUCUUCAGCAACUCGGCAUGGACAUGUAACGACCCGACAAAACAAUGCUACUUUCAUCAGUUCGAGUACAGGCAGCCCGAUCUGAACUACACCAACCCUGAGGUGCAGAAAGAGAUGGAGAGUGUCAUCCUGUUUUGGCUGGCAAAAGGGGUGGACGGGUUCAGGGUGGACGCCGUUCCCCACUUGUACGAGGAUGCGAAGUUCAGGGAUGAGCCCAGAUCGAGUGACACCACGGCCACUCCAGCUGAUUACACGUAUCUGGAGCAUAUAUACACCAAGGACGAUCCCAGGACAUACGAGUUGGUCAAAAGCUGGAGGAAGGUCCUGGACGACUACGCCGACCAGAAUGAUGACGACGAAAAGGUCAUGAUGACGGAAGCGUACACAGACUUGAAGAAUACGACUAAGUACUACAAAUUCGGGUCUCAUAUUCCCUUCAACUUCAAAUUCAUCACCGACGUCGACAACGAAUCUAAGCCUAAUGACUUCAAGGGAGUGAUCGAUUCCUGGAUGAAGGAGGUUCCCGAGGGAGAGGUCGCUAACUGGGUGAUGGGAAAUCACGACCGCAGUCGGACAGCAUCCCGGUAUCCCGGAAGAGGAGACCAGAUGACAAUGUUGGCCAUGAUCCUCCCAGGAGUGGCUGUCACAUAUUACGGGGAGGAGAUCGGGAUGCUGGACAAGACCGACAUAUCCUGGGAGGACACGCAGGACCCUCAGGCUUGUAACGCCGGCAAGGAUAAGUACCAGUCCAGGUCGAGAGAUCCGAACAGGACUCCUUUCCAGUGGGACAACACCACCAACGCAGGGUUUAACAAUGGUGCCAAACCGUGGAUCCCGGUGAAUAGCAACUACAAGGAGCUGAACUUGAAGAAUCAGCAGGAGGAUGCCAUCUCGCACUUCAAGGUCUACCAGACCCUGUCGAAUCUGAAGGCCACGUCUCCAGUUCUUCAACAUGGCUCUUACGAAGUCGUAGUCUUCAACAGCACCGACGUGCUCGGGGUGAUUCGAGAGUACGAGGGAGAUUGCAUCGUCCUGCUCAUCAACUUCAACGACGCCAAAAACGAGACCGUCAGUCUGAACAACCACGUCGGCAAUUGCAAGAGCUUCAAGGUGGAGACCGCAAGUGUGGAUUCUCCUGUUCAGGCUGGGACGGAAGUGGAUUUGCAGGUGACGGUCCCCAAGAAAGCGGCACUCGUGUUAUCAUCGUCGGGUGCAGCCUCUCUGAAGGCUCUGAUAAUGAUCUCUGUACCCCUAACCGCGUUAUCGAGGCUGAUCCUAUAAGAGUCCGACCAAUCUGUGUACAUAUGUGUAGAUGUGUCUUUAGAUAAAAGUCCCUCCGAGGAGGAAUGAAAUUCCGACAUUUUUAUCGGGGGGUGAAUUUCGAUUGAUAAAGACAAUCGCGGGGCGAGUGA